AGUUGUACAGCCGGCCUUCCCCCUCUGCCCGGUCUCCCAGCCUUGGCCCCCAGUCUAACCCAGGCCACCAGACCCACAAACAACAGCAGCCUCUCUCUCUUCCUCCCCCUGACCACAUCAUCCCUCGCUGCUGUGGAGCAAGGAUCUGCCUUUGCUGCUUCACACUGAAGACAGUCAGCAAAUCCUGCAGUUACUCAGCGGGUCGAGCAGCAUCUGUGGAGAGAAAGGAAUAGGUGACAUUCCGGGCAGAGACCCUUCUCCAGAGACACCUUGUUGAACAACCUGAGGCUUAAAGGAUCUCCAGCAGUGAAUGGUAGACAAAAAUGCUGGAGAAACUCAGCAGCUCGAGCAGCAUCUGUGGAGAGAAAGGAAUAGGUGACAUUGCGGGUCGAGACCAUCUCCAGAGACACCUUGAGGCUUAAGGGAUCUCCAGCAGUGGAUAAAAUCAUCUCAGGAAUGAACUCCAACCCAAUCCAACUCCUUGCAGAGACCCGAGGAAGUAUUAUGAGUGGGGGCAAAGACCAAGAGCAUUGAUGCUUGUUUUAUUUCUGGCACCAUCGAGAUAGGCUGCUCAGUUGGGAUAUUGUUGACCGAGGUACAGUGAAAAGCUUCUGCUUGCAAUGAGCCGCCGGCAUCUGAUCAGAUUUACCCGGGCGGUGGAGGAUGGAGACGCUUGGAGGGAUGGUGAGCGGCGUGUGCCCUGCUCUCCCCUCCCCAGGGAGGGAGGGUUGGACGGGUAGCAGGCCAGGAGCUUCUAUGAGAGCAUCCUUGCUUCCAGCACCAGCACCCAGGCCAGCACCAGCACCCAGGCCAGCACCAGCACCCAGGCCAGCACCAGCACCCAGGCCAUCACCAGCACCCAGGCCAGGACCAGCAGCCAGGCCAGCAUCAGCACCAGCACCAGCUCCAUUGCACUCCGUAAACACAAGGCCGAGCGGAGGAGAGCGCAGGCAGGUGGCCCCAGCAGGCAUGAGAUGAGAAAAACUUUUUUCACACAGAGAGUGGUGAAUCUCCGGAACUCUCUGCCACAGAAGGUAGUUGAGGCCAGUUCAUUGGCUAUAUUUAAGAGGGAGUUAGAUGCGGCCCUUGUGGCUAAAGGGAUCAGGGGGUAUGGAGAGAAGGCAGGUACGGGAUACUGAGUUGGAUGAUCAGCCAUGAUCAUAUUGAAUGGCGGUGCAGGCUCGAAGGGCCGAAUGGCCUACUCCUGCACCUAUUUUCUAUGUUUCUAUCUCUAUCUCCUGUUGAAAUCUGUUCAGAAUGGGGACUUAAAAAUGCUUCGGAGUUUGCUGGAGACGGGAGUGAGUGACAUAAACUUCCGGUACAGUUACUACUGGACUGUCACCAUGUGUACAGCGUACAGUGGGCAGCUGGAAGCAGUGAGAUGCUUGCUGAGUCUUGGAGCUGCAUGGGUCGGAGUGUGUGACUGCAUGGGAUGCGAUGCUCUGGAUUUGGCCCGACAGGCUGGACAAGCAGGAAUGGUCACUGCUCUGCAGGAAUAUCACACUCGUCCAGAGGAACAAGAAGACCGCAGAGCCAAUGUCCACACCGACCGUGGAGGUCAGCCGCAACUCGUCGCAUCUAACGGUGAACUGCUCCACCUUCAGCGGCUGCCUAAUCAUCGCAUGGGGCAGCACACCUGCACCUACACCUGCGUCGUAGAAGAUUGCUGCAGCAACCGCGCAGUCCCUGCAACGCUACACAGCGGCACACUGCCCAGAGGGUCCAGGAGUCGUUGGGCGAUCGUUCUCUCCGUGAUUCUUCUCACCAUGUUCCUUCUCUUCGUGAUCCAUCUCUCUGUGAUCCUUCCCUCCGGUUUCUCCUCCGCGAUCCUUCUCUCCGUGAUCCUUCUCGCUGUUGCUGCGUUGGGAGUCCGGGCAUCGAAUCUCCACAGAAACCGUGCCGUGAGUGUCUUUCUCACCUUCACACUCUCUCCCUUUCCCCCCUAUCUAUCCCCGUCCAUCCCCCCUCUCAGUCUCCCCUUUACCCUCUUUCCCCCCCCUUCCCU